AUGCGAACUACAAUCCUCUCGUUCCUGAUCGCCUUCACGGCCACGGCUGCAGGUCUCGUCAUCACUUCACCCACAGUGGGGCAAAAUGUCGACAAUUCCAAGUCUGUGACUGUUAAAUGGCAUGCCGUAGAGACCGACCCUGACACGUUCUCUAUCUACCUCAUCAACCAGAACGUUUAUCCGCCCACCCAAGAGCUCGUGGCAUCGGAUGUCCCUAAAAGCAAGGGGUCAUACACCAUCAAUGCCAAAAGCAUAGACGGUGUUGAUACUGGCCGCGGAUAUCAGGUCAACUUUGUCUCGGAUACCGACACCCAGGCCAUUUUGGCACAGUCAUCGCAAUUCAAGGUGGCUGAUCAUGCUGAUCUGACUGCCAGCUCUGGUAAGGAAACAGCCACUGCUACCGAUUACACUUCUGCUACGGAUUCUCUUUCUAUUACCGAUUUCACUUCUGCCACCGAUUCCACUUCUGCUGCUUCUGAAACUACCUCUCUCUCUGCUACAACCUCUAUGACUUCUUUGUCUGCGUCGACUACUACAGAUUCCUCGACUGCUUCUUCUACUUCUCCGACCACUACUCACACCUCUACCACAACAGAACCAUGGGAUCUCCUCCUCCUCCUCCAACCCAAACCAAAUACGACCGAAGACCCCAUCCCAACCUCCCUCCGCACCGCCAUAAAAGCAGAAUACAAAAUACCAACAGGGAUCCCCUCCAAACUCAUCACCAGCUACGCGACCCGCAACAAAGUCCUUCAAGACAAGGCCUCCUCAAUCCCUUUAACGGGAUCCCUUGAAAGACACCUCGCCAGCGGCAGCAAAUCAACCUCGCAAAAUCUAGAAAUCUCCCCAAGUCUCGUAUCCUUCAUGGAGGAGCUAUCCAAGACGCAUCCCGGCCCUGUAACAAUGCUCAAUCUCCUGCAUUUCCAACAACCCGGUGGUAAGCAGAGUUAUUACCAGUACGGUCAGGCAUUUGUUCCUGUCGCAGGCAAACGCGGCGGGGAUGCUAAGCUGGUUGGUAAUGUGGUGACACCGCAGCUGCAGCACAGCAGCAAAGAUCCAAGUUCAAGCUCCCGGGCCGCUGUGGCGGAGGAGUGGUGGAAUGAGAUUUCCCUUGUGCAUUAUCCUUCUAUUAGGCAUUUCUGCGAUAUGCUUGCUGGGGAUGAUUAUCAGGCUAUUAAUGAAAAGUAUCGGCUUUCGUAG